AUGCGCUACACACCAGUACUGUCGGUUGGCAGGGAACGUCGACGCAUCCAUGCCCCGAACGUCCUGUCCAUAAUUUUCUUUCUGCUGGGGUGUACCAUGCUGGCGAUGAGCAGCUACAGGUCUUCCAAGUCGGGGCCGGUUUGUGGUCGGAGCAUGCUUGGGACAGAUGUGCACAUGGAUGUUGCUUCUGGGCAGAUGAUGCAGGGCCAGGGCUUAACUGGAAUGGCACAAUCUUCACAACAACAUAUGGUUCAAUUUGUUGUUGCAGGCAACUAUGUGCCCAUCAGGGAUGCACUGAAAAUUGAUCUUCCGACCGCCACAAAGGAGGUUGCAUACCAUGCGAGAGCCACUCUAGACGACUCCUCAGUGGGCAGAAUGAACUCAUCCAAAUACCCCUCAGCUGAGGGUCGAGAUGAUCUGUACGAGCCUGGGGACUUGGAUGCUGGCAUAAAAUUGUUCAUUGGGAUAACCAGUGAUUGCUGCAGCAACUUGGCGCAGGAGAAGCGAAAUGCCAUCAGGGCCACCUGGAAGCAAAAAAUAGAACGUGAACAUGGGGGCGUGGACAUUAAAUUCUUUCUGAGCCAGCCAGGACCAGACAGAUACGACAAGGUUGUCAAGAUGCUGGAAGAUGAAUCCGCUGAAAAUGGUGACAUGAUAUUCGUGAGGGGACUGGACACCUAUGGCAAUCUGAAGUUCAAGGUGUUUGGAAUGUUCAAAUUUGCUUCCAGCAGCCCCAAGGAGUACACGCAUGUCCUCAAGACGGACGACGACUGCUACGUCCGAAUGCCGUUGCUGCUGGAAGCCAUAAAGGGAGAAGAUGGGAAACCGAUCAUGAGGAAUUUGUAUGGUGGUUGUCAGGAGAACCCCGAUGGAUUCAAACUCAUCAGGGAUCCAAAGAGCAAGUGGUUCAUGCCAUAUGAAGAGUUCCCUGACGACGUUGGGAAGCAGCUGGAUGGUCUAAAGUAUCUGGCAGGUUGGGGCUACAUCAUGUCGCGUGACGUUAUGCUCUACGUUGUGUGGAAAUGGUUGUCCUUCAGGGCACAUCCUGAGCAAGCUCCGCCCUGGUUUUCGAACUUCCAGUGGGAAGACGUUAUCAUGGGGUACCUGGUCGAGCAGAAGGGCGUGAAACUGAAGGAGCACGACGGUUUCAAGGCGGCUUGGCGAUCAUGCUCCAACAACACUGCGGUGCGGCACCUGGACAUCGAUGCACCAUCCCUUGUCAGAGGCCUGUACGAGCAGGAGGUGUCCAAGGUGUGGAUCAAGAAGACAGUGCAGUGCAACUCGCUGAUUUUCAAGCCUGGUGACUAUGACCACUGGAGGGCGGUGCGGAAUGAGGUGCUCCCAGCUGGCGCUCAUGUGUAG